UUUAUAAGAUAACGUCUUGUUAUUUUCAGUUAACGUUCGAACGCUCUACUCUCUACACGUAGCAAUAGUAAUCAAAAUCAAGUUACUUAUUUUAAACAAUUAUAUAGUAUUAUAAUUAGGUGUUAUAAAAACGAAAUAGUAAGCAUUUCAAAUAAGCUUUAUUCAAUUGGCAAACUUUUUUCAUGAGUACAUAAGCAUAUUCUUUGCCUUUGGUGCAGUGAAGUGUUUGUAAACCGCGCAACAGUUACUUAAGUGACUAUGAAGGUCACAAACGUACUUUUAUUUCUUGCAACUAUUGGAUCGGUGGAAAUAUGCAGUGGAUACAGAAUCUUGGGAAUUUACCCUGUACCAAUUCGAAGUCACUUCAUAAUAAUAAAUCAACUACUAAAAGGUCUCGCUGACAAAGGGCACCAGGUUGAUCUCAUCAGUAUUUUUCCAGAAAAAGAAAAACUACAUCCCAACUAUACUCAGAUAAUAACUUUACCGGGUCAACUUUCUGAAAUAAUACCUAUAAUGAAUAUUACAACAGUAAGAAAAUUCGGUUGGGAUUUAAGCUCAGUAGCUGAUUUUGGGUAUAGAAUUUGUGAAAACAUGGGAAAUCCGGAAUUUUUAAAAUUAGCCCGAAAUCCACCAAAGGAUCCACCCUACGACGUCAUUAUAACUCAUAUGUUCAGUUAUCAUUGUUACGCUGUUCUUGGACACCUCUGGAAUAUUCCAGUUGUUCUUGUAAGCACAACGUCCUUAUAUCCAUGGAUGCACGUCAUGAUUGGAAAUCCGGAAAAUGUAGCAUUCUCACCGAACAAUCUCAUUCCCGUACCAGAAGGCAAUAGUUUCUGGACCAGAUUUUAUAAUACUUAUGUAUUUAAUAUGUUAAAGUUUAGUUUUUUUUACUACUCAACAAAUCAAGAUCAAUUGCUGCGUAAAUAUUUUGGUCCUGAUGUGCCAUCCGUCAGAGAAAUUGAGCGAAACGUAUCGUUAGUGUUGAUGAAUACGUAUUUCCCUAUAAAUGGCGUCAAACCGAUGACAACAAACUUAAUCGAAAUAGGUGGCCUUCAUAUUCAGAAUGAAGGUCCUGAACUUGAAGAAAAACUUAAGAAGUGGUUAGAUGAAAGCAAGGAUGGCGUGAUACUUUUUACUUUUGGUUCAAUGAUGCAAGUAGAAACGCUGCCAAAUGAAACUGUUGAAAUAAUCUUCAAAACGUUGGCAAGAGUAGCGCCGACACGAGUUUUAAUAAGGAUUGCUGAACCACAAAAAUUGACAGUUAAAGUACCGAAUAAUGUUUAUCAUUUGCCUUGGAUACCGCAACAAAAAGUGCUUCAACAUCGUAACAUUAAAUUAUUUAUCACACACGGUGGCUUACUUGGCACUCAAGAAUCAAUCUAUUACGGCAAGCCAAUGCUAUGCUUGCCAAUCGUUGCCGAUCAAUGGACUAACACUAGAAAUUACGUCAGCAAAAAAAUAGCUCUCAUGCUUGAGCUAAUGGAACUUAAACAAGAAGAAUUUGAUUAUACCGUCAAUGAAUUAUUGAAUAAUCCAACAUAUAGCGAGAACACAAAAAGAUUAUCGAGAUUAUUCCGCGAUCGUCCGCAGAGCGCUAUGGAUACAGCUGCCUUUUGGAUUGAAUUCGUUGUAAGAAAUGGAAAGGACACAAUGAGAUCUCCAGUUUUAAAUUUAACUUGGUGGCAAGUAGCACUCCUGGAUGUGUAUGCAGUCACCUUUGCUAUACUAUUCACUGCUUUGUAUAUUGCAAUAUUUAUUUUAAAAUGUUUAUUACGAUUAGUGUGCUGUACAAACAGCAAAACCGUCUCAAGGAAAAAAAAGGAAAGUUGAACAUUAUGUAUAUCAGUUACUAUUUUAUCAGUAUUAGAGCUCCCGUAAACUUUGAAUUAAUAAGCUUUUAUGUGAAAAUCUGAAAUAGCUAGUAGAGAAGAGAAAUGAAUUCUAGAAAUUUCUAUAAAAAUAGUUUUAUAUUAAACAAAUGUUUAAAGAAAUAUCUGUAUAUUUAUUAUGGAAACGAUACUUCGUAAUUCAUGAUUAAAUAUUUAUUAACAUUCAUUGUUUUUAUAUUUUUAAUACAACAAAAAAUAAACAUGAAUUUUUAAAAAAAUA